CUGACACUCAUUCGGCAUCCAAAACACAGCGGAAACCACUUUUCUCGUGAACUUGUCUUGAGAAAUUGACUUGUAAACUUGAUCUCAAUGAUAAUAAUACUCGCUGGUCAUGUUCAAGCGCGGAGAGUCUGUAUCUUCUACCCCAGCGCCACAGACCAUGACUGUGCACAUGGGAUGUAAUAUUGAAGAACCAAUACGGUAUUGAUAGACCAGACGAGCUUCUUUCAAGCAUGAAACUUUCAGCUAAGAUGGAGGAUGGUUCAAGGCCAGUACUGCUCAGACAUGAAUCGAGACCAAAUUGCCUCCAAGCCGAACGAUCAUCCUCAAGAGCUGUCAUUGAUUUAGACAAGACCGAUCAUUUACCUGAUCGAAAGUCAGUGCGAAGGCCAAACCAGAGUCCUGCUCGCAGAUAUUCUAGUGCAAACAUAGCAGCUGGCUUGGAGGAGCUUCCAAGAGAGGAGAGGCGGGUGAAUCCUCGUCCUCACCAUGCUAGUAGGGAAAAUCACGACAGACAAUCACAAUCCAACUUCUCCGCCAGUCUGUCUUCAAAAAUACCUGACAGUGGUAUCUCACAUCAAAGCAUUGCUUCUCCACAGCCAGAUCAUACGGAUCUUAGUGUAUAUAGCGUUUCGGAACAUUCUGAUCAAGAAGUAGAUGCACAAGAAACGGCUUCUACUUUCCAGAAGUUCCGGAAAUCAUACCCGCAGGUCGUCGUAUACGAAUCACGGGACAUAUUGUCUUCAACCUCCGCUACUCCACAAUCAAACCGGGUCGGAUCUUGUUUAUCUAAAAAGUCCGAUGGGUAUGAUGGCAGGCCGACAAAGGACUUUCAAUCCGACCAUUCCGUAACAUCCAUGACAGACAAGAACCAGCAAUUCAUACCUGCCAGCGCAAGAGAGCGAGCUCCCAAGAGAAAAUUCACGACACUCAAUUGAUAUCCUAGAUAUCAGUGAGGACGAACUCGCACCAACAUACAAGCUCCCAAAGAUCAAGAAACCGAAACGAUUUAAAAAGGAUCAAGCACCCAUCUCCGACAUAGGAAGCCCUCCGAAAGCUGCGAAACUAGCCACGAAAACCAAGAAAUAUCCAGUCUUGAGCAUCUUCUCUGAGUCUCACUGCUGGAUGCGACCUCAAUUACUCCGGCAUUGGUAUCUUCACCAAGAUAAUACCAGCGGAAUGCUGGCGGCCUACGACGAUCAGGGAGGCCAAAUCCACGACUUGAUUCUUAAGCCACUUUCCAUUCAGAAAGUCCAGCGGAGCCCCUAUAGUGAGAAACUUGUCAUACACAAGCAUAAAUACGCCACUGCCAAAGGUUCAACCAAGGUAUUCCUGGAAUUUGUCACCACUGAGGAUGCACGACAAAUUUGCGACGUCUUGAAAGAACACGACUCUACUAUUCUUUUCGUUGUAUUAGAUAGUGCACAGCUGGAUAGAAAGUUUGUUCACAUCCGGAAAAUAGUUGACUCCAGGGAACCGAAAACACCUCAAACUUUGAGAAGGUCUGGGACUAGGGCUGUAGAGACUCGAUUGCGACAAACAGAAGAUACAAAACGACGAGGACAAGAAGGGGAAAGUGCCAGACAACAAGGAGCCUCCGUAGACAGACAACAUCCAAAUGAACCCAAGGAUAGCCAUGGUAACCUUACUCUCAGAAAGAGAAAAUUACCUGAAGAUGCGAGUUCCUCAAGAAAAGGAAAGACAUCGACGGCACUACGGAGCCUCCGGUCAUCAAGAGGACCCAAUAAUGAUUGCUCGGAUGGUCCGGCUGAUGCCUGCCGGUCGAAUGAUCCAGAUUCCUUUUACGGCAAUAGGGGCCGCUUGUCCUUCAGCAUUGUUGAUGAUGAAGAACCUACUGUGCGCUCCUCAAGUCCACUACGGUGGACUGAAAAAAACCAGAAUUGGGCCAAGUCUUGGAAAGGUCCGGUCGUGUAUCCACGCCAAGGAGACAAGAAGUCGAGGACCACGGUGGAGUUGAAUGAUGUUGAGAGGCUGGAUGAGGGACAGUAUUUGAAUGAUAACAUCAUCAACUUUUACCUCAGCUGGCUAGCAUAUCGCCUCGGGGAGGAGUCUCCAAAAUUGGCAAAACGCGUCUACUUUCAUAACACGUUUUUCUACAAGACCUUGACUCAAGGCGUAAAGGGAAAACGGGGCAUCAACUACGAAGCCGUUGAAAGAUGGACUUCCAAGUGUGACUUGCUGUCGUUUGACUACAUCAUUAUUCCCAUCAACGAAGACACUCAUUGGUACGUGGCGAUUAUCUGCAACGCUGCACGACUUCACACUCAGCAGGUUGAGGGAUCUCUAACUCCAAAGCCUGCAGAAAAUAGAGACAGGUCCGAAGAUCUACAAGAUCAUGCGUGCAAGAAUAGACUAGUCGAUUCAGGUUCUCGGUCAUUGUCAAGCAAUAUAACAAAUCUAUUGGACAAGAUGAGCGCUGGGCAGAGAACUAACCAAAUAAAAAGGAUGUCGGAAGCUGAGCAGAGACUGAACGCUUCAGUGGACCUCAAAGAACAAGCCCAUGUCUCGAAAGACAAUUAUUUAGCAAGCAAGAAAAGGCCAGGAAGGCCCCAGGCCCUACGCAAAUUCGACCCCCUUCAGCCCAGAAUUAUCACCCUUGACUCACUUGGUCUCAAGCACUCCCCAACUUGCACCAACCUAAAGAAUUAUCUGGUUGCGGAGAUCAAAGCAAAAAAGAAGAUCAGUAUUCCUGUCCCUGGAUCUCUCGGAGCCACUGCAGUCAAUAUUCCUCGGCAGACCAACUAUGUUGAUUGCGGUCUUUUCCUUCUGAAUUAUGUCGAACAGUUUCUUAAGGAUCCCGAUAAAUUCAUCCAUGAUAUCUUUCAAGCUCGGGACUAUGAAAUCGUAUUGCCAACUGCAUCUUUCAUGCGAGAUCACAUCAGGCAGAUACUCUUCGACCUUCAAGAGGAUCAAGGCCGUGACGCUGAGGCGUCGAGAGAAAAGAAGUGCAAUAACAAGCAUGCCGAGAAGCCGGAGACUGGGCUGAAUAGCUUCCAAAAGGACACCUGAUCAGGAGCAAAUUGAAGCUGUCCUCAAUUCGGUUCAUUGGAAUGACCAGAUUUCUCCCAAGCACUAAGAUCAAGAUACCACUGAGCAGCUCCUCGCGAGCCUAGCAGCGACUUGCAAGCAGCCGAAAGGCAGGGAAGAGACGCUAAAGUUUGACGUGGAUGUUGAUGAGUUAUCACCCACGGGACCUGUUGGCAGAUGCAAAAGUAACCAUGUAGAAUCCAAGUUUCUCGUCGCAGAGAGGCACCGGCACAAGCCGGUAUCAUGCUUCUCGGGACGCAAAUCAAGUUCGGUUUCUGUGGAGGUCCUACAAACAAUGUAUAACGGUCACAGGUGGUCUCUUUCGACAGUCACUUCUGGGGAUACGAUAAUUUCCGGAGGAAGACAUGUUCAGCAGUGUAGCUGUUACGGAUGAGCGUCUCAUGCAUUUUGUCGUCCAUGGUCUGUUCUAGAAAACACUUGACCAGAGUACCUAUUGUGGGCCAUUCAAAGAUCUCCAAUUUUAAUCAAGAAUUUUUAAUUUCUCUUAUCAACGUUGUUGAAAUAACCUUCCUUUUCGAAAGUGGUUGAGUAACAUACCAGCUGACCCAGAAUUUUCUCACACAGUCAACAGCCCCAAAGACGAUGACAACAAAAGCCAAUCCUAUUGUAGUCAACACUCAACAAGCAGCAACACCUCCGCAUUUCACAUGGCUAAACCGGAGUGGUCUCCGUUCCCAACCCCUCGGCCAUUUCCCACCUUCCCUUCCUACCCCUCAUCAAACCUAAACACGCCUUAGCGAAGUCCCCUCUCCAAGCGAGACCUACCUACUGCUCUACCCCACCCGCCCACCUCUUUGCUGGACGUCCCCCUCCUAGAAACGGCACGGCACAUAUUUAGGUAGCGUACCAUGCUACCAAACCCGAUAUUGACAUUGCACAUGCGGGCUACGUUGGUCCCUAUCUACUAGCAAGAUCUGAUAAGCCACAAUGUGGAAGGCUUUUCAAUGUAUGGCUCGAUGUGAGGAUUGUUUUGCAUGAUGAGGGAGAGAAUAGCUAGACUAGGGUUGGGUUGGGACAUUGCAGCAGACCCAUUAUGGGAGGGUAAAAUGCAAGUAUCUGAGAGAUCUAGAACCCCGCAAAUGUGAAAUCCCAAGCAGAUAUGAAAUUGGCCGGGAGAAAUGUAUUAUCUGUUAUCCAUGUCCCCGCUCUACGAAUCACGCAAUCGUAUCAAAAUG